UUACCCUAAGUUUCAUAACUCUAGAGCAAUUUUCAUAAACAAAAUCUUGAACCAUUUUUCUCAACUAAAAGUUCUAAAUCUCUACAAGGUCUUGUUUCCAUAACCAAAACAUGAAGGAAGACUGCGGCCAACACGAUGACGACGGGAAGAAGAAGCUCUUCGGUCGCCUCUUGAUCGCCUUAUUCAGCUUCAUCUUCCUCGUCCUCUUCAUCAUUUUCCUAGUAUGGCUCAUCCUCCGCCCCUCAAAGCCACAUUUCAUCCUCCAAGAUGCCACUGUAUACGCCUUCAACCUCUCCACCCCCAACCUUCUCACUUCAAACCUCCAAAUCACCAUCUCCUCUCGCAACCCUAAUGACAGAAUCGGCAUAUACUAUGAUAAACUCCACGUAUAUGCAUCGUACCACGGCCAACAAAUUAGUCUCCCAACAUCGCUUCCAUCUACUUUCCAGGGACACAAAGAUGUUACAGUUUGGUCGCCAUUUUUGUUAGGAAAUGAAGUGCCGGUGGCGCCGUACCUUGCUGUUUCUUUGAACCAGGAUCAAAUGGUCGGAACAUUGUUGAUUAACUUUAAGGUGAAUGGAAGAAUCCGAUGGAGAGUUGGCUCAUUCGUAUCUGGGAAAUAUCAUUUGUAUGUGAACUGUCCAGCUUAUAUAAAUUUUGGCACUAAAAACAGUGGUGUUGCUGUCGGAAAUCCUAUCAAGUAUCAGUUGAUUAUGAACUGCCAUGUUGAUGUAUAAUGUUUGAGCUGUUUAAUUCCUAGCUCUUCUUGUUGGUUUAUUUUGUUUAUUUUAAAAACUUUUUGUUCAUUUUAUUUGAUCUUGAAGUCCUUUUAGGUU